AUGGGAGUGAAGGAGAUGUUUAAUCUGGCCCGGGUGCCCUCCAUUCUCAUGCUCGGCUUGGUUUACGUGACCUACGUGCUGAUCGGUGGCGUGAUUUUCUGGAAACUGGAAGGAGAGCUCGGACGGAAGGAUUUCACCCAGUUACUCCUUCACAAACAGAUGUUGCUUACGACGUACAGCUGUCUGAACCAAGAAGGUCUAGAGGAAGUGGCUCAGGUUGUUCAACGUGCAUCAAAGGCUGGUCUGAGUUUGAAAUACAACCAAACCACAGAUGGUUUCUGGAAAUUCACCAGCUCAGCUGUGUUUGCUGCCACUGUGGUCACAACUAUAGGUUACGGAAACAUGAGUCCCACCUCAACAGUAGGUCAGAUCUUCUGCGUCUUCUUUGCACUCUUUGGGAUUCCUCUCAACGUGGUGGUGCUCAGCAGAGUGGGAAAGUACAUGCUGGCAGUGGAAAGGAACCUAUCAGACUUCCUAGAAGGCAAAUCUAGACGAAAGGGGUGCACCAGGUUUUGUGUCCACAUGUUUUGCUACAUCUGUGGUGCCCUCCUCUUCUUCAUCAUGCCCAUGCUUGUGUUCCAGCAGCAUGAGGGCUGGACCUACUCCGAGGCCAUCUACUACUGCUUCAUCACCCUCAGCACCAUCGGUUUUGGGGAUUUUGUUGCAGAUAAUAAUCCAGAUAAAGACUACCCUGACUGGUACAGUGUACUCAUAGCCUCGUGGAUCUUUUUUGGUAUGGCCUGGCUUGCUCUGCUCAUCAACCACUCCAUCGACAUCCUGGAGCGACUUAACGCCUAUCUGAAGAAGGGCUGCUGUGGUGGAAAGACUCAGGAAGAGUCCAGCAGUGCAGAGGACAACAGCCCUGAAACUCAAGUGGAGGAUGACAAUGACAUCAAGAAGCCUCCAAUAACUCAGUAGCCUACAACAAGGUGAAGGUUUUAGUGAGUCAGUUACAGAAUCAUUA